AUGCUUGUCCAGCCGGUGUUCUUCUGCCUUUUAUUUGUCCAGAUUUGUACUGGCUGUUCAUUGGGGUAAAGUAUAAAAGAGUUCUGUAAUCGGUUUCAUCAUCAGUAGAGUGUGUUCUUUUCCAAUGGCUUCCAGAAGUGUCAUUGUUUUUUUGGCUUUGGCCUUUGUUGGUGCUCCAGUCAGUGGACAGAGUUUGUUAUCGUUGUUGCCUCCUCAACUUCAAUGUAAGGUUGAAUUAUGGCCACUUCGGCCAUUCUUUACGCUAUUUUAUCUGCAUAUAAUCUAUUAUUCCAGCUCUCCUGCCUUCAUCGGCCAUUCCUCCACUUUCCCAAGUCACUCCUCGUGAUGUUCAAGUUGCCCAAGCUAUUGGGCAGAAGUUGCCGACCUUCUCCUCCAUCCAACAACUUCUUCAGACCCUAUCUUUGAACAGUCCAACUCUUGCUGCUUUGACUGACCAAGCCGUUGCUAAGGGAAAGCAACUGUUUGAUCUGACAAAGUCGAUGCUGACUCCCGAGUCCCAGUUGUUCUUCCAACAGGUAAAUGGGACGUCAAAACCCCUGUUUUCCAUUGUCUGUAGAAAUUUUUUUUGUUUUAGCUCCUCGGAAUUGGCCAAAGCGCCGGUCAACAAUCCGUACAACUUCUCCAGGCCCAAACUCCACCAACCUUGGCCAAUCUCCAAUCCACUUUCCCCACGAUCAGCUCUCUUGUUCAAUGUAAGAUCGCCAUUUUCUUAUUGUUAGUUUCUGUUAUAUUAAAGUCAUCAAAAAUUUACAAUCUUUAAUUUAGCUCCAAUUGCGCAACAAAGCGUCAAUCUUCUGUAUCCAUCGUAA